AUGCACACUCAAAGAGGGAGAGGCAGUGUACAGGUCAGAUUCCACAGCAAUAUAACUACACAGCAGGGAACAGUGACCAUCCAAAGUCCAAGUGAGAACAUUACAGCGGUGAAUGGACUGUUGGAGAUGAUGAAGCCAGAGAGUGUGUUGCUGCAUCCUCUUGGCACAGCAGCUGCCCCUGUGCCAGAGAUGCUGUGUAUCUUCGGGACGGGGGACCUAGGGCGCUCUCUGGGGCUGCGUCUGCUCCAGUCUGGCUACAGGGUGGUGUACGGCAGCCGCAGACCUCACAGCUGUGGCCCCUUGCCUCAGGGAGCUCAGGUGAUGAGCCACGAAGCAGCAUCCCAAUCUGCCAGUCUGAUCUUUAUUUGUGUUCACAGAGAACACUAUGCAUUCCUGGAGACAAUGGCACCUCAUCUGAAAGGAAAGGUGCUGGUGGACCUCAGUAACAACCUCAAGAAAGACAUGUACCCAGAAGCAAAUGCCGCCUACCUGCAGAGACUGGUCCCUGGAGCUGCUGUGGUGAAAGGCCUUAACACGCUGUCUGCCUGGGCCUUGCAGAAUGGACUUCUGGCAGGAAAACAGGUGUACCUGUGUGGGAACAGUGCAGAAGCGAAGCAGGCGGUAGCAGAGAUGUCCACCAAACUGGGCCUCACUGUUCUGGAUAAAGGGUCUCUGUCAGCAGCCAGAGAGCUGGAGGACUUCCCCCUGCAGCUUUUCCCAGAGUGGAGGCUGCCGCUACGCGUGGCUGUAGGCCUCCUCGCUUUCUUCUUCUUCUACCUGCUCAUUAGAGAUGUCAUCUACGCCUAUGUGGACAAAGGAAAAGACAUCUCCUUCAGAAUCAUGGUGUCCCUGGGCAACAAGGUGUUCCCCAUUGUGUCUCUCAUCAUGUUGUCUCUGUGUUACCUGCCUGGUGUCAUAGCUGCCUUCCUUCAGCUCUACAGAGGAACCAAGUACAGACGCUUUCCUGAUUGGCUGGACCGCUGGAUGCUGUGUAGGAAGCAGAUGGGUCUGAUUGCACUGGGCUUUGCUUUUCUCCAUGCCAUCUAUACAUUCGUCACUCCUACUCGCUAUUCUGUCAGACACAAACUCAUCUCGCUUGUGGUGGAUGAGAUGAAAAACAAUAAAACCACGCCGUUUUACUUUGAUAACACAGAGGCAUGGGGCCAAGACUCAUUCUAUGUGCUGGGAAUCCUGGGCUUCUUUCUUUACGUCCUGCUAGGACUAACAUCUCUGCCCUCGGUGGGAGGCUCUCUCAGCUGGAGAGAGUUCAACUUCAUUCAGUCUAAGCUGGGCCACCUAACCCUGUUCAUAUGCACGGCGCAUGGCUACAUUUACGGCUGGAACAAAUUUCUUCGUCCCUCUACCUACAAAUGGUACACUCCUCCGGGCUACAUGCUCUGUCUGAUUGUGCCCUCUGUGGUGUUGGUGCUGAAGGCACUGGUCCUCCUGCCCUGCGUGGAUCGAACCCUCACUCGCAUUCGACAAGGCUGGGAGAGGAAACAGCCAGACGAGGAGAUGGUUAAGGCCACCAACCUGUGA